AUGGUUAAUCCAAGCGACUCCAUCAUCCCUGCUAAUAACACCAAUUACCUGGUUCAAUUUAAUCCAGGUUCCCAAUUUCCUCUAAAGCUCACUGGUCCAAUCAAUUUUGUCAAUUGGAAGGCCCAAGUCGAGUCUCUGAUGUUGGGACACGACAUCUAUGGCUAUCUUGACGGAACUAUGAAAACACCACCAAAAACUGUUACCGUCAACAACUCAGAGGAACCCAAUCCCAAAUAUAAACUCUGGUUUCGUCCGGACCAGUUGAUCCGCAAUGCAUUGAUGACAUCUGUUGAUCCGAAGAUCACCUCUACAAUCACAAAAACUUCCGCUUCCAAGCAAGCGUGGGACUCGUUACAUAACUUGUAUGCGAAUAAAUUUCAUACACGGGUGUUCAGUAUUCGAAACUCCUUAGCAACAAUUAAAAAAAAUUUCCGCAGUAUGACUGAGUACUUGCGAGAGAUCGGGAACAUUGCUGAUGAGCUUGCAACUGCUGGAGCUCCUAUUCUAGAUGACGAACUUCAUCAAGAGUUGAACCAAUCAACAUCCUCAAUCACUGCCGCAGUGGCACAAAAAGCUUCUUCAAACAAUUUUGUACCUCGCAACAAUAAGCGAGGACAACCAUGGCGUUCACAAAAUUCCAAGCAGCAAUAUGCACCAUCGUAUCCCAGGCUGCAAAAUGCAUCAUCAUCACCUAACUGGCGUCCAACAGCCCCUCCCCAACAAAAUCGUCCAGUUUGCCAGUUAUGUGGUCGCACUGGGCGUACUGCCAAUAAUCUUCAACAUUCAGAUGACUACACUGGUACAGAGGACAUUACGAUGGGUAACAGUAAUAAAAUCCCUAUAACUCACACUUGUCAUGUUCAAAUAAAUGCUUCAAACAAAAGGUUUCAGCUUUCGAAUAUUUUGUGUGCAGCAGAUAUUAAACGUAACAUUAUAUCCGUGUCUCAAUUUUGUAAAGAUAACCUGACAUCAAUUGAAUUUUUACCCUAUGAUUUUCUUGUGAAGGAUUUGAGCACGGGGGCGCCGUUGGCACGAGGCCAGAAUAAAGGACUUUACGAGUAG